AUGACGAAGUACCGCAUCGACGACACCGUCGAGCGCGAGAAGGCGAGGCUGGUCGUGAAGGGCUUCACGCAUGUGUAUGGCGCCGACUACGAUGAGACGUACGCGCUGGUGAGCAGCUACGUCACGCUGAGGAUUUUCCUCAGCAUCGUCGCCGUCCUCGACUUCAACCUGAUGCAGCUGGACAUGAAGAACGCCUUCCUGCAGAGCAAGCUCGACCAGACGCUGCUGUUAUGGUACAAGGCGCUCAACGACGUGCUGGUCGGUGUUGGGUGGAAGAAGAGCCAGGUCGACGAGGCUCUCUACUUCAAGGUCGGUGGCAAAGGAGUGGCCUGCUGGUUGCUGGUCUACGUCGACGACCUGCUCGCUGCCAGCAGCAGCACCGAGAUGGUGAAGGAGCUGAAGGAGUUGCUGGAACCGGCCUUCGAGAUGCGGGAGAUCUCACCGGUGCAGAAGCACCUCGGGCUGGAGAUCCUGCGCGACGGGCCGUCGAGGAAACUGUGGCUGCACCCGCAGGGCUACACCAACAAGCUGCGUAGGCGGUUUCUUGAAGACGACGGUCUCCGUCGACGCCUACGCCAAGCUGGCGUUCGUGGAGGCACAGGAGCGCCAGGAGAAGGAGUACCGGCAGAAGGUCGGCUCGCUGCAGUUUGCGGCGACGACAACGAGGCCGGACAUCGCCUUCGCCUGCAGCAAGCUGGGCAGCGGCCUUAUAUUGAGGUGCGACCAGCACCGGCACGAGGAGAGACGCGCCUUCUCUUCCUCCUCGAGGAGAUUCGGCAGCUGGACGCCGGGAAGCCGACCGUCCUCUGGGUGGACAGCAAGUCGGCAAUCACGGUCGCCUCAGGCAUGGGGUUGACGGGCAACCUCAAGCACAUGGAGCAGCGACAGGCCUGGCUGCAGCACAUGGUGAAGCGCAGGAAGAUUUCGCUGAAGUACAUCCCCACCGCUUAG